AGGGGAGCAUAUACUUGACCACCAAGGCAGGGAAGGGUCUGCUUCCGCAUCCACUUUCCUCUUUCCUCAAACCUUCUCGCCAUGAAUCUCGUUCCUAUGAGCGUAAUCCUUCAAUUCUUUGCCCCAUACUGGAACUAUCUAGGGCAGCCCAUUCUAGAAGCUGCUGAUGUUGCAGGGAAGCUGAUACCUCUCGUGGAAGCUCUUAUUCCGCACAUCAGAUAUCUCAGCACGAGUGGAGAAAAGGUGAAAGCUCUAACCGACGCCAUGGAUAAAUUGAAAGCUACGAGGGCUGGCAUCGUCGAAGAUAUCAAAAUCGCCGAGAGAGAAGGGAGCAAGCGCACUCGGGAAGUCAAAGUCUGGCUCAAGAGGGUGAAAGCGGAAGCAGGUGAAGUGGCCAAAAUAAAAGUAGCCUGCCGGAAGAGGAAGAGGGUGUUGGGAGUCCCCCUCAACUGGGUCUCGAGCUACAAAGACGGCGAGAGAGCCACGAAGAAGGCUAAGGUGGUGGAGGAGCUGCAAACUGAAGCACGUUCUAUCGUCGUCGCGAGGAGGUUGCCGCCGGCGUCGGUCCAGGAGAUGCCUCCAAUUCCCGGGUUGGUAGCAAUUGAGUCAACUGUGAACGAAGUCCUGCUCCGCCUUGAUGAUGAUAGCGUCGGUAUCAUCGCGAUUUGGGGCAUGGGAGGGGUAGGCAAAACCACUCUCCUGAGCCGCGUCAACAACAGUUUCCUCCCCGGUAGCGACAGGAGCUCGGAGUUCGGCCAUGUGAUAUGGACGGUGGCUUCCAAAGAGUGUACUCUGGAGAAGCUUCAGAAGGGAAUAGCCCAAAAAUUGGGACUGAAUCUGGAGGCCCACCGACAGCCAGCGAACACGGUCCUCUUCGAGUACCUUAAGAGCAAGAACUUCCUGCUGCUGCUGGAUGACCUGUGGAGAGGCUUCGAGCUGGAGGAUGUGGGGAUCCCGCGUCCCGGCACUGGAGGAUAUCAAUAUAAGCGCAAAGUCAUGCUCACUACCAGAUCGCAGGACGUCUGCAGCAAAAUGAGCGCGGACGUCCAGAUCAAGAUGAACUGCUUGGAGCAGCCAGAGGCGCUGGAUCUGUUCAAAUUUCAUGUCGGUGAUCAGACCCUCGGCUCUCACCCUGACAUACCUGAUCUUGCAGGAGAGGUUGCGAAGGAGUGCAGCGGCUUGCCGCUUGCCCUCAAGACCAUAGGAAGGGCCAUGCGCGACCGGAGGGAACCAGUAUACUGGAGGCACGUAAUCGAGCUGCUGAAGGACUCUAAGCAUGCUGAGAUCCAGGAAAUGGAGAUCCUACCGGAGGAGGGUGAAGAAAGAGAUUUGUUUCGCAUAUUAAAGCUCAGCUAUGAUAGCUUGCGUGAUGACACGACGAGGCAAUGCUUCUUGUCCUGUUGCUUGUGGCCCGAAGACUAUCAUAUUAGGAAAGAUGAACUUAUAGAAUGUUGGAUGGGUCUAGGCUUAAUCGAUGAAUCACGUGGGAACUUGUCCUGGGGUCACGAAUACAUUAGAAUCCUGGAAGGAGUGUGCUUGCUGGAGCCUAGUGAAUAUGAAGGGAGGGUGAAAAUGCAUGACGUUAUUCGAGACUUAGCACUAUGGAUCGCUUCCGACUGCGGGCAGAAAAAGAAUAAAUGGUUGGUUCAAGCUGGUGUUGGUCUGAAGGAAGCAAUAGAUGUGAAACAGAAAUGGGUUGAAGCUGAAGCAACAGAAAGAAUAUCGCUAAUGCGUAAUCUUAUAGAAAUAUUGCCCCAAUACCUUCCUCAUCGCCCGAGUCUCAAAGUCUUCAUGCUCCAGAGGAACAUGUCUCUUAGAUGGAUCCCACCUGACCUUUUCCAAUGCAUGCCUGCUCUAACUUACCUAGAUCUAUCCCAUACCAAGUUGGAGGAGUUACCGAAAGAGAUUGGUAGACUAGUUCAGUUGCAGUAUCUUAAUUUAUCUUCUACAUAUAUCAAAGCAUUGCCAAAGGAGCUAGCAUGUCUUAAAGAGAUGAAGUACUUGCUACUGAGCUUUGUACAUUCUUCUCCCUUGAGAAUACCUCGUGGUGCGAUAUCAAAUCUUUCUAAACUGCGGCUGCUUGAUCUCUAUGCAACCAAGAAGGUAGACUGGCAAGUUGAAGGUGGCAGAGGUCGUGGUAAUAAAGAGAACACAGCAAGUUUGGAAGAGCUGGAAGAACUGAACUCAAAGGUGAUGUUGUCGACAACUCUUGGAAUUACGGUAAAUUCAGUGCCGGCCCUCGAAACGCUCUCCAGGUUUGACAACGUAGUUACCCGGGACCUCUACCUUUGCAUAAGGAGGAUGAGCAUCCCGGCAUCCAUCCAGUUGACACCAUCCAUCAUCAAAACCCAACUUGGAAGCCUCAAAAUGUUGAAGAGCCUGCAGAAUCUAACGAUCGCACGUAGUGAGUCCUUGGUGGAGCUGGAGGUGGAUGGCGAGGACCGGGAUCAUGAUAUGGAUUGGCGACUUCCACAUCUUGACGAUCUCCACUUCUGGGGCCUCAAGAAAUUAAAGGUAGUAAGAGUAUCGAUCUCAGAUUUCCUUCCGCAACUGCGGUCUGUGACUAUUGAAGAGUGCCCUGAGUUAGAGAAUGCUAAUUGGGUUCUGCUACUCCCACGACUUGAGACUCUACGGAUAAGAAUCUGCGGGAAAAUGCAGCGAGUGAUUGAUGAUUCAGUAGGUAACCAUGUUGGCUAUAACUUGGCACCUGCCUUCCGUUGUCUUACGACAUUGUCUCUGUAUAGAUUAUGGAGGUUGACUAGCAUAUGUAAUGAGGCAAUCAGUUUCCCUUCUCUGGAAAUCAUUGAAAUUAUUAGUUGUGACGAGCUGAAGCAGCUGCCCGUCAAGAUCAUGGGGAGCAACUUACGGGAGAUACGAGGCAGUAAUAGAUGGUGGCAAAGCUUGCAAUGGCAGGAUGAGAACAUGAAAGCCUCCUUCCUCCCCUAUUUCAGGUGACUUUCUUAGGUGGACCAGGUCCACCAUGGACCUAGGGUGAGAAAGGGGGUUUGCCCAGAAUGCCUUCACGAAGAUAAGGAAUAUUGAAGAACGGAAUUGGUUUGAGGGUAGAUGGCCAUUGCCGAGUCUUCCGAAAUAAUUGUGUGGCGUUCUGGCAGUCAUUCACGCAAUAUUCUUUGAGGGAAGCAUGUAUUUGAGCUGAUCAGAGUGAUAUUUGAGCUACUUUUAGCAUCAAAGGAUGAUACAUUCAUGGUCCCGGCAGCGGCGGCUUAUGCCAUGGUCUUUGCUGCUCACCAUGAACAGCCUAUCAAGAAUGCAGCGUCGGAGGCAAUGUAUGACCUCCCCACAAGAUCACAGCUCUUACAGAUGGUAAACGAAGAUGGUAGGUUCAUGCACUUUGCACUUCAUUAUAAUAUCAUGACCAUCAAUCACAGUCCUGGAAUGAACUGGAGAUGCAAUUUUUUAGCACCGGAAAGUUUAGAUUUCAUACAUGUGCUUUACACUGAUGCGCUAAGUGAAUCAAGAUUAUGAAACGACGCAUUGUUUAAUACUGACGAGCAGUUCACCAGCAAAGGAUUGGGCACAAACCGGUGAAGAGGGAGCUGUUGGCUUGGUUAGGUGUGGCAAAUCGGUCUGACUUGAUGUUUUAAAACUGGGUUAUUUGUCUUCCUGCCCGCGUUGUUAUCUUUCUCAUGUUUUAAAUAAAGCAGUAGUCUCAUCUUUCAUAAAUGCAGAAGAGCGGAACUUGGAUGUUUGUAUUGCAGAUCGUCUAGUUACUGUUAAUUUCUAAAGAAGCAUCUACUCUAUUGCUUCAUUUGAUGCUAUGCUUAA